AUGGAGUACUGGACUUGGAAGCAGUAUCGCAGCAUUGCAGAUUUUGGUUCAGGAUGCAAAGACAAAGUACAUUUUGAGUGUGGUCUAGAGGAAAACAGCUUCGAAUAUGAAGAUGUUUUUGAGUAUCAAGUUGAUCCUGGGGGAGACCUGACAAUGCCGUGUCCAGGGAUGUCUUCUGUACGGGAGGGGAUGCUGGUCUACUGGGUAACACCGCAAACAGUGCUCAAUUCCUCAGAGUACAAUUCAAGCAAAGACUCAACUCAGCGCUUCACAGUGCUCCCCAAUGGCACUCUUGAGAUCCACUCGGCACAGACCCAAGACUCUGGGACGUACGCCUGUGUUGUCUCCCGAGGACACCGUCUCGGAUCAGGCAAAUCAUUGGAAGUCACCGUCACGAUCCAAAACUCAAGUGUAUCUUCUCCUGAUGUGAAACAUGUCCGCAGCGGAGGACACUUCAACACGGCCUUCACCACACUCGCCUCCUGCGUGAUCAGCAUCGUCCUGGUGCUGUUCUAUCUCUACCUGACACCUUGUUGGUGUGGGAGGAACGGGUGGAGCUGCGGUGGGCGGGCCGUAGUGGUGUGUUCAGAUCCCAGAGAUAUAGAGGCGGGGCAAAGACGGACCAAUGGUAAGAGAGUUGCCUUCGUGGAGUCCCAGGUGGACGGCUGUAAUGGGAACGGGAUGCUGAAAAGUCCAGUGUUGACCCCUGGACAGGUUGUGACAGAGGGCAUCCUGAAGAAUGGAUCGAAGGCAGCGAGGCUGGCCUCCACAGAAGCCUCCACUUGUGAUGAAUGA